GAUUUAUCAAGCUGUGCUUUGAAUGCUUUUCCACUUGGUCUGUACCUGACUACAAGUUCAGUUUCUGAUAAGAUCACCUCCAUCUCUUUGGCUGAUAAUGAGAUAAAGAAUCUGCCGGGCAAAUUCUUUAAUACUUAUCAGAACUUAGAAAAAUUGGAUCUGCAAGGAAAUCUUCUUGAAAGACUCCCUGUUGAAGUUAGUCACCUACCUAAGCUGAAAAUAAUAAAUAUAUCUAAAAACAAGUUGGAGGUAUUUCCAGAAGAGUUAACAAAGAUACAAUGCAUGGAGAGCAUCAAUUUAGAAGGCAAUCAGAUCAAAGGUAAGUGUCAAAUUGACUUUUUAUAGCUGAAGAAAAUAAAAACAAAACUGCAGUAGUUUGAACUGAUGUCUGCGAAUUCAUAUGUGCACAGUUGUG